AUGCUUAACCGCCACCGGGAGGUACAGCAGGCUACCAUUGAAUGGUUUCACAACCACCAGCGACGGGACCUGCCUUGGCGAAAAUAUCCUUCUCUUACUUCUAGUGUAGGCGGUGUUGCAACAGGAGGAGUAGCUUCGUGGGCGCCAGACCCUUAUUACGUGUGGGUUUCGGAGGUUAUGUCGCAACAGACACAGAUGGAUACUGUCAUUCCCUAUUUCAAGAAGUGGGUGCAUCUGUUUCCUACAGUGGCCGCUUUGGCGGAAGCCUCUGAGGAGUCUGUCAAGGCAGCAUGGGCUGGCAUGGGCUAUUAUCGCCGUGCGCUGCUUUUAAAGAAGGGUGCUGAGUACGUGACGCAUCGCUUCGGUGGGAAUCUACCCGGAACGGCAGCCCAACUACGAGAGAUACCGGGCAUCGGACCCUACACAGCCGCCGCUGUUGCAUCUAUCUGUUUCGGAGAAAACGUUGUCUCUGUGGAUGGAAACGUAGUGCGAGUGCUGAGUCGGUUGCGAUGCGAAAGAGACUUUGACCCCAAAGUGGCGAAAAACAUCAAAGCAGUGAUGCAGUGGGGACAGGAAAUAAUGGAAGAUGCGCCUUCUGAGGAGCCAGGAGCCUUCAACCAAGGCUUGAUGGAAAUCGGCGCGAGGGUCUGCAAGCCAGCCGGUCGGCCGGUUUGUGGUGAGUGCCCACUGCAGAGGUUUUGUAGAGCCUACGCUGCGAGAGAGCGUGGUGAGAUCGAUGCCAUUGAGGGGGUUAUCCCGCUGAGGGCUUCCACAGUGAAGAAGAAGAAGCAGACUGUUCUUUGCGUAGUGCACGAGUUCUGUCACGUUGAAAACGGUGAGACGCCGUUAUCUCGGCGCUUUGUAGUCUUUCAGCGUCCUGAGAACGGGUUGUUAGGUGGGAUGCUGGAGUUUCCUUCUGCAAUCUGUGGUACCUCCUGCGAUGCCGCACCUAAAGAGAAGGAAGAGAAAGAACAAAAGGAGAAUAAUGCUGAUGAUGACGAUGAGAAAACUAUCGUGAAAUUGAAAGAACAGUUGAGUGCCGGGCACAAGGCCGUAGCGUCUGUAGGCUCUAUUCGGCAUAUUUUUUCCCAUAUUGACAUGGGGGUUCUUGUUUACCAUGCGGCGUGGUGUGGCACCACGCCGCAUCAUGGAGGGGAUACUACAGGCCUUAAAGUAGAAAAAGAUAAAAGUAGCUGGGCGGUUGAGCAGGAGGUGUGCGGCUUGCUGGCUGAAAGGCUUGGCGUUGCCUCGUCGCGUAUUUUUGUGAAGACAGAGGAGGAGAUCAAGGGCUCCGCCGCCAGCCGUCUGCUGCUUAAGAUUUUCCAAACGUUGCCGCUACCAGUUGGAGAAAGGGCUGUAACGGUGACACCAGUUCGCAAGCGCUUAAGAGGCAAGAUGUGA